UUUAACUUCUUCAGCAACAUGUCUGCCUCCAUGGUAAGAGCGACCGUCCGAGCGGUCAGCAAAAGAAAGAUAUUACCCACCAGAGCCGCCCUCACACUGACUCCCGCUGCUGUGAGCAAGAUCAGGGUUUUGUUGCAGGACAAACCAGAAUAUAUCGGUUUGAAGGUCGGGGUGAGAACACGCGGCUGUAAUGGACUCACUUACACACUGGACUACACCAAGGACAAAGACAAAUCUGAUGAGGAAGUGCUGCAGGAUGGCGUGCGGGUUUUUAUAGAGAAGAAAGCUCAGCUGACGCUGCUGGGAACUGAGAUGGACUUUGUGGAGUCAAAGUUAUCCAGUGAAUUUGUCUUCAACAAUCCCAACAUCAAGGGCACGUGUGGCUGUGGAGAAAGCUUCAACAUAUAAGCGACAGGGAGCCUCCCUCUUCCUGCACCCUCCCGCCCUCCUCCUGCACCCCGACCCAUCUCUAAAGACUUGUUGAUGAGGAGGAAGUCAAACGUGAGGAAAUCUUUGAGAUGAGGACAUCCUUGAGUUCCUACCACUUCUCUUCCCGCAGACCACUCACGCAUACGUACACUAAUGCUUAGAGGAAGAUUUUAACACCACCACAUAGUUAAAAAAUUGUCUCCAAAUGGUUUUAGGUUCAAAUACCUCUAAUGUUGACAGUGUUUUUUUUUUUUUUUUUUUUUUUAAACUCUUGGCUCUGCAUCCAAAAAAAAAGCUAGGAUCUCAAAAGUAAGGAUGUUUUUAAUGUAGCGACUGGUUGCCAUAUCACACAUGUACGCACAUUACUGAAGAGAAAUUAAAUCAAAUCUCACCACGUUUUGUAAAAGAGAGGGAAAUGGUACAACCGGGCCGGGCCACCUAACACAGAGAAUCGAUGAGGAUAAAGCAUGUUACUAUUAAAUAUCCUGUCUAACAAAACCCAUAGAAGGCCACCGUUAACGUACUGUACCGGCCGUUUGCAAAAGUGGAAGAAUUUGAGUGUCUUGAAACUGUUUUAUCAGUUUGUAAAGUGUUUUUUUUUUUUUUUUUGAAAGGUAUAUAUUUAUCUCUAUGUGUAAAUAUAAAGUAUGUAAAUCUCUUGAACCACACAAGCGCACAAAAACAAAAUACAAAAACGCACAAAACAUGUAUCCCUCACAUAAGAGUACAUGAGGUUUCUGCUGUUUCUUUUUUUUUUUUUUUUUUUGCUUGAUCAAAGCCGGGGCUUUGUGUUUGUAUAGACUGUGAGCUCUUUAAGAAAAAUUGUAAACUGUGCAAUACGCCUGUGUACAUAUAAAAUAAUAAAUGGCUAAACGCAG